UCUAAUAUUAGUAGUGUGUGAGAAGUGUGGUCACACUGCCGGCCCUGCACUGCUAUAAGUGUAACAAACCAGCUCCAUCUGCCAUUCAGCUGCUGACAACAGGAAACCACCAACAGCAACUCAACACACACACACGACAACAAGAAGAAUUAGGGUUUUCUCUGUCUGCGUGCUCCAAGGAUUGGAACUCACCAAACGGAGCUGAUGGUCCCGAGCUGAUGGUCUGGAAGGGGAUUUUCAGCUCUGGUGGACAGCUAAGAUUGAGUGGGAUAUGAUUUAAUCUGAACACAGGACCCUCAAGGAUGGGGUUGUUUGGCAGCAAAAAUCAGCUGAUGCCCAAUGAGAAACCCACUUCUGGAGGCAACCCAAAAACCAAGAAACCUCCUCCCGCCCCACCCAAGGGGAGACAAGUUAUCAACAACCCUCAUCUAGACCAAGCCUCCACACAAGAUCACUUGUUUGUGGUUGCACUGUACGAUUUUCCUGCCUCCAGUGACCGUGACCUGGAGCUGGUCAAGGGAGAGAAGCUCCAGGUCCUCUCCAACGAGGGGGACUGGUGGCUGGCAAAGUCCCUCAGCACUGGGAAGAAAGGAUACAUCCCCAGCAACUUCGUGGCACAAGUGGACAGUUUGGAAGAGGAAAAGUGGUAUUUCAGAACUCUGAGCAGAAAGGAUGCUGAACGGCUGCUGUUGUCCUCUGGGAACAAAGUUGGCUCUUUCCUCGUCCGGGAGAGCGAGAGCACCAAAGACUCCUAUUCCCUGUCCGUGAGAGACAACAACUCUGCUCACGGGGACGUCAUCAAACACUACAGGAUCCGCUCCCUGGACGGCGGCGGGUACUACAUCUCCCCCAGGAUCACCUUCUGCAGCCUUCCAGAGCUCAUCCAUCAUUACAGCCAGAAAGGGGAUGGGCUGUGCCAGCGCCUCACAGCCCCCUGCACAUCCGUGGUGCCCCAAAGACCCUGGGCCCAGGACGAGUGGGAGAUCCCUCGGGAGGCCCUGAAGCUGGUGAAGAAGCUGGGCAGUGGGCAGUUUGGGGAAGUGUGGAUGGGCUACUACAAGAACAACAUCAAGGUGGCUGUGAAGACCAUGAAGGAGGGCAGCAUGGAUCCUGACGCCUUCCUGGCAGAGGCAAACCUGAUGAAGAGGCUGCAGCACAACAAACUGGUCCGGUUGUACGCCGUGGUCACCAAGCAGCCCAUCUACAUCGUGACAGAGUACAUGGCCAAUGGGUGUUUGCUGGAUUUCCUGAAGACAGAAGAAGGAAGCCAGCUGAAUCUCCCCAAACUCAUUGAUAUCUCUGCUCAGGUGGCAGAGGGCAUGGCCUACAUCGAGCGCAUGAACUUCAUCCACCGGGACCUGAGGGCCGCCAACAUCCUCGUCUCGGAGUCGCUGUGCUGUAAAAUCGCCGAUUUCGGGCUGGCCAGGCUCAUCGAGAACGAGUACCUGGCUCAGGAAGGUGCCAAAUUUCCCAUCAAAUGGACAGCUCCAGAGGCCAUUAACUAUGGGGUUUUCACCAUCAAAUCUGACGUGUGGUCUUUUGGGAUCCUCCUGACAGAGAUCAUCACCUACGGCAGGAUCCCUUAUCCAGGGAUGACCAACCCCGAGGUGAUUCGCAACCUGGAGCGGGGCUACCGCAUGCCCUGCCCGGAGACGUGUCCCGCCGAGCUCUACAGCGUCAUCCUCAAGUGCUGGCGCAGCAACCCCGAGGAGCGCCCCACCUUCGAGUACCUGCAGUCGGUGCUCGAGGACUUCUACACCUCCACGGAGCAGCAGUACGAGCCCGAGCCGCAGCAGUGAGCCCCGGCCCCGCCAGCUCCGGGGGACGGCGCCGCGGCGCUGCCGCCCCACCCGGCGGGGGCUCGGGGCGGGCGCUCCCCUCGCUCCCGUCCUCGCUUGGAGAUGGGGAAUGCGAGAGGAGGGAGGUGAUGGAGGAGGAUGCUGCCGGCUCUGUGGUUGUCGCAGAGACUGAGGAGGUGGCACAGUCCUGCCGCAUCCGCCUCGGAGGGCUGUACCCACCUCGAAGGACAGAGAACUCCUCCUGGACAGAGAAAAACCCCUCGGCCCCGCAACUGCAGCUCCGGGAAGAGGGGCCAGCUGCCGGGGUGAUGUUGUGGGGGUGAAGAAUCUCUGCCCCACUCUGGUGCCACUGCUACACCCCCUCCGUGCCGCGGGCAGGGGCAGGAGCGUGUCCUGCCCGCGCCUCCUUGGGCCGCACCAGCUCUGGAGCGUUCCCGCCAGGUGAUGCCCCCGCUCUGCCUCAAGUCGGUAAUAAAAAAACUGGAUACGAGGAUUUUCCAUUCUUUAUUGAGGCGUCAGGGUGUGGGAGAGCCCGUGUUCCUCCCGUGGCCACCGCCAGCCCCUGGAGGAGAAGGGAGAGGCCGGGGGGUGGUGCUGGGGUGGUACCCGGGGAGGGAAUGGGGGGAUGCCCGAGGAGCAGAGAUGUUCGUGCUGUGGCCGCGAGAUGUCCCUCCUUCCCAGCGAAUCUGGGCGGCUUUGGGGAAGUAAAAACUCAUGUAAAAAAGAAAAAAAAACCCCUUCAGAAAUAAAACCCUUCCUCGCUUGGCUGAGCCUUCUCUGCACAAGCUGCGGGUGCAGCAGCACGGCAGGUCCCGCUGCGCACCCAGCGCCCGGAGGGUUCAAAUGCCAUUUCCCUGGUUUCUGGUGAAUCUCCCACCCGGGGGAGUGCCCACAAGAGGCUUCAGGCUGGUCCCCAGUCAGGAGUUUCACUGGGCUGAGGAGUGGAGGGCAAAGAAAAGGGCCCAGCUGGCCCAAGAGAGGAUUGUGAGGGCCACAGGAGUGAGCUCCAGGCUGGGGCACUCCAGAAUCGCCUCCCCAGGGUGUUUCAUCUGCUGCUUUCUUCUCCACGAAGUAGAUUUUGAGUCCAGCUGUAGAGGGUGCCUUUCACAGCGGAAAAGGGAUGCUAUGGGACAGAAACAGCAGAGAUGGAAAGAGAAAUCUCCAGUAGACCUUAAAAUAUUCAAAUGGGGUUUGUAAGAAAGAUGGAGACAGACUUUUUACCAGGAUCCGUUGUGAUGGAACAAGGGGUAAUGUUUUUAAACUAAAACGGUAAAUUUAGACCAGGUAUAAGGAAGAUUUUUUUUUUUUUUUUUUACAAUAAGGGUGGGGAGGCCCUGGCACAGGGUGCCCAGAGAAGCUGUGGCUGCCCCUGGAUCCCUGGAAGUGUCCAAGGCCAGGCUGGACAGGGCUUGGAUCAUCCUGGGAUAGCGGGAGGUGUCCCUGCCCAUGGCAGAUGGAGCUGGAUGAGCUUUAACAAGGAAGGACCUGGAGCUUCUGGAAAGAGUCCAGAGGAGGCACCAGGGUGAUCAAAGGGAUGGAGCAGCUCUGCUGUGAGGAAAGACUGAGAGGAUUGGGAGUGUUCAGCCUGGAGAAGGCUUUGGGGUGAGCUAAUUGUGCUCUUCCAGCUCCUGAAGGAGCCUAUAAGAAAGAUGGGGAGGGAUUUUGGACAAGACCCUGGAGGGACAGGACAAGGGGCAAUGGCUUCCCACUGCCAGAGGGCAGGGAUAGAUGGGAAACUGUGAAGGAAUUGUUCCCUGUGAGGGUGGUCAGGGCGCCCAGAGAAGCUGUGGCUGCCCCUGGAUCCCUGGAAGUGUCCAAGACUAGGUUGGAUGGGGCUUGGAGCAACCUGGAAUAGUGGGAGGUGCCCCCACCCAUGGCAGGGGGCUUAGAAUGAGAUGAUCCUUAAAAUCCCUUCCAACCUAAACCACUCCAAGAUUCUAUGCCAUGUGAAUCAGAAAGAAC